AUGCGCAUCGUCGCUCCUUCUUCUGCCUUCCACGGUUUUCGCUACAGCGAGUCGGCUCUUCCCGACAGCUCCGACUCGAGUUUCCAGCUUCCUCUCAACAAUGCAAGAAAUCGCAGCAGUCUCGCUGCACUGGCAACCCCUCGAGCCAUGAACUGCAACAACAACAACAACAACCUCUUCAUUCGAUACGACAGUUGCACGAGCGAGACGAGCGGGUUCGAUGGCUUGAAUCUCUGGAACGUCGAGGUUGAUGUGGUAGACGCGGCGUCUCCGAGCCACAGUGUCAUUCACCCGACCGAGUUUGAACCGUCGUAUCAAGGCGUGUCAAUUGAGGUCAACAACCACUCGGUCAACAACCAGGGCGUCGUCAUGUACCACGUCGAUAUCAAAGGACCGGACGGGUUCCUCUCCACGUACACGAUCCGCCGUCGCUUUCGUGCUUUCAAGAACCUGUACGCGGAACUCAAUCGUCUCGUGGUGGAGUACCAGCAAAACCAUCGCGCUCACCUGAAAGCUGUCGAGACAGCCAAGAAGAAAAAAGCUGCUGCUGCUGCUGCAUCUCCUCUGGAUUCGCUGCGAGACAACCACAUUCCAUUGAGUCCACAUAGCGCCCUCAUUGCACGAGCCAAGGGGCCGCCCGUGUCCAGCACCAACUACAGCAUUGUGACGUUCCCGUCGUUGCCUAGUGCAGGGGUCUGGAGCAUGUUGAAACGUCACGACGUGCGGCUUGUUGAGAAGCGCAAGCAACGGUUCCAGGAGAUCUUGGCACUGGCCAUUCGACAUCCAGCGACUAGGAACAGCAGCGUCUUGGACGAGUUCCUUAGCGUCGCUCCCAGUGAAAUCUCGCAACGCGGCUCGUCGUACGUGUCCUUGCAAGACUAUAGUGUACCAGUGUACGACCGGAAGCGCGAGUCUAUUGAGCGACGACAGCGGAAGAUGCAGUUGCUGGAAGUUCGACGACUGCGGGCAGGAUCCGACAGCCAAUUUGGUGAGUGA